AUGACCACCGUUAACCCGGAAUACGACUAUCUCUUCAAGCUGCUCCUCAUCGGCGACUCGGGUGUCGGAAAAUCCUGUUUGCUGCUUAGGUUUGCCGAUGAUACGUACACCGAGAGCUACAUUUCCACAAUUGGUGUUGAUUUCAAAAUUCGAACUAUCGAACUUGACGGGAAGACGAUUAAGCUCCAGAUUUGGGACACAGCCGGCCAGGAGCGUUUCCGCACCAUCACCUCCAGCUACUACCGUGGCGCCCACGGCAUCAUUGUUGUCUAUGAUAUUACGGAUCAGGAAUCCUUCAACAACGUCAAGCAGUGGCUGCAAGAAAUUGACCGGUACGCGUGCGAGAACGUGAACAAGCUGCUGGUCGGCAACAAGUGCGACUUGACAGCCAAGCGCGCCGUCGAGACCGCAGCUGCUAAGGAAUAUGCCGACCAAUUGUCCAUUCCCUUCCUCGAGACGUCAGCCAAGUCGAGCACGAAUGUAGAGCAGGCUUUCCUGACGAUGGCUUCCGAGAUCAAGACUAGGAUGGGGCCGAUGCAGAAUGCAGGAGGCCAACCCUCAGUGCGUAUCACCGGUUCGCAGCCGGUGCAGGACAAGAAAGCGGGUGGCUGCUGU